CUCCAGCAGCAGCAGCAGCAGCAAUGGCAGCCGGGCAUUAAGACACAUGUCACAACAGCCUGUGGCCGACAAACACUGACGCUGGGGUCGACAGAAGACAGAUAAACACAAUGUCUCGGCACAGAAAUGUCCGAGGUUACAACUACGAUGAAGACUUUGAAGAUGAUGACAUGUAUGGGCAAUCUGUGGAAGAUGACUACUGUAUAUCACCAGCAACAGCUAAUCAGUUCAUCUACUCACGACGGGAGAUUCAAGCUCCAAAGGAGGAGACACUAGAGGAGGAAGAAUAUGAAGAUGAGGAUGCACCUAUGUCUCCUACAGUCAGCCACAACCUUGACCCACUUGAUCAAGCCAAGUUGUAUUCCUGUCUGGACCACAUGCGAGCUGUGCUUGGAGAUGCAGUACCGGAUUCAGUCUUGACCCAAGCCGCCAUGAGAUGUGGAUUUGACCCACAGAGGGCACUCGAUGCGGUUCUGUCUGAAGACAGUAAAACAGCUCCAGUUACCCGAAGUACCAGUGAAGAUGUGACAAGAGUCAGCGAGGAGAAAGCACCGCUUCCUCAAAGAGCUACUGAGAAAGCUAAAAGCAGAGAUGGUUCUCACAACAAGCUGGACUCUGAGGUGGUUCCCAAAGUGGCCCGCAUGACUGUGUCUGGAAAGAAGCAAACCAUGGGCUUUGAUGUUCCCAGCACAGGGGAGAACGGCGUCGUCACGUCUUCGGCACGCCGAGGUGGCAGUCCCGAAAACGCAGUCGUAACACCCGCAGCAGAGGCCACCACCAAACGUCCCGAGACCCCAUCUAAAGGGUCGAACUCUGACGAGCCUGCUCCCGUUCCCACCCCAGGUCGAACGUCUGGAAAGGCCAGACAGUCAAUCAAUAUCAAGUCAGAAUUGGAGAAGAGACAGGGUGGCAAACCUCUGCUGAAUUUAGUCGUUAUAGGUCAUGUAGACGCGGGUAAAAGCACGCUGAUGGGCCACCUUCUUUACCUGCUUGGAAACGUCAACAAACGCACCAUGCAUAAGUAUGAGCAGGAGUCCAAGAAGGCGGGCAAGGCCUCCUUCGCUUUUGCUUGGGUUCUGGAUGAAACUGGCGAGGAAAGGGACAGAGGUGUAACAAUGGAUGUGGGAAUGACCAAGUUUGAGACAAACUCCAAGGUGGUGACCCUGAUGGAUGCCCCAGGACACAAAGACUUCAUUCCCAACAUGAUUACAGGAGCUGCACAGGCCGACGUAGCUGUGCUUGUCGUGGAUGCCAGCCGAGGAGAGUUCGAGGCAGGCUUCGAGGCCGGUGGUCAGACCAGAGAGCAUGCCCUGUUGGUUCGUUCACUUGGCGUCACUCAGCUGGCUGUGGCUGUCAACAAGAUGGACCAGGUAAACUGGCAACAGGAGCGUUUCCAGGAAAUCACAUCUAAGCUUGGCCAUUUUCUAAAGCAGGCGGGAUUCAAAGAGUCUGAUGUUUUCCACAUCCCCACCAGUGGCCUGUCAGGAGAGAACCUUGUCACUAGGAGUUCAGUUUCCCAACUCACCUCUUGGUACUCUGGACCCAGCCUGUUGGAACAGAUUGAUGCCUUCAAGGCCCCUCAGAGAUCUGUGGACAAACCUUUCAGACUGUGCGUCUCAGAUGUGUUUAAAGACCAGGGUUCUGGCUUCUGUGUAACAGGAAAGAUCGAGGCUGGUUACAUUCAGACUGGAGACAGAAUACUUGCUAUGCCUCCCAAUGAAACAUGCACGGUCAAAGGAAUAACCCUGCAUGACGAGCCUCUGGAAUGGGCAGCGGCGGGAGAUCAUGUCAGCCUGACUGUCACCGGCAUGGACAUCAUCAAGAUCAAUGUGGGCUGUGUGUUCUGUGAUCCCAAGGAGCCUAUUCGAACCUGCACCAGAUUCAGAGCCCGCAUCCUCCUCUUCAACAUAGAACUCCCCAUCACACAAGGUUUCCCUGUACUGUUACAUUAUCAAACAGUCAGUGAACCGGCCACCAUUAAGAAACUGGUUAGUGUUCUGCACAAGAGCAGCGGCGAAGUCCUCAAGAAGAAACCAAAGUGUUUGAGUAAGGGAAUGAAUGCCAUCGUCGAGAUCCAGACCCAGAGGCCAGUGUCACUAGAGCUCUACAAGGACUACAAAGAACUGGGCCGUUUCAUGCUGCGCUAUGUCGGCUCCACCAUCGCUGCAGGCGUGGUCACUGAGAUCAAAGAAUGAAGUGUGUUUCCAUCAGCGCAGAGCCAGUGUGGCUUCGCUCUACCCCGCAUGCAGCCAGAGACAAAGUGCAAUUCCUCAGUCGAUAUCUCUCAUGGACCGAGAGCUUCACGUCACACAUCCUUCUGUUCAUCCAGUGCAGAGGCAGCUUCACCUGACUGCUCUGAUCAACACUAACCGCAAAGACGCCACCCACUUCGCCGGGCGUCACAAAACGACCUUCCAACGCUGGACAAACAGCCAAACAGCUACACUGCUACUACUACCAAACCCAACUUCACCGUCCUCCCCACACUUCUAAUCAUGAUUGUACCUGUUUAACAAAGUCCUCUGCUUCAUGAAGCCAAAUCAAAGCUGUAAGCAGACUGACAGAUAAUCCUCCCGCUUUGAUAUUUUCACAGAUCUCCCUAAAGAAGCUAUGAUGAAAGCUAUGGAUGCUAGCAUUUACUUUGAAAGACUCUUAAUCCUGGUGAUAUAAAACCAGUUAUUUAAACUGGAACUGGGGCAGAGGGAUGUCCUUUUCUUCAUUUUUCUGUUAAAGAUGAGGAUUUGACAUCACAAAAAGAGCGUCCGAUCAGACUAAUCAGUGCUGCUGAAAUGGUUAACAUUAAAUUUAAGUAGAAAUUAAUAUGAGAUGUUUUUAUUUCAUGUGCAGUAAGAUGCCUAAAAUGUACUUUUAGCAAAACGCAAUGCUAAGAGGUAGGAGGCAAAUACAAACAUGGAAAAUUCUGUAAAUAUGUAGGAGCAGUUUAUGAACAAGUGAGGGAAAUGGAAAUUUUUACCUCAAGAUAGAAUUGACACACACAAAAGAUGGGUUACUUGAAAUGCUUCUAUAAAGAAGAUCCUCUGUAAAGCACCGACCUUUUUUUAAGGGCUGUAUUUUUUUUUUUUGUUUUUAUAAAUGACUGGGCUCAGUGAACGGGGAGGUGGAAGCAGCUGUAUUUCUGUUUCUCCAUGUGUUAAAUCAGACAUGUCAGUGAAGAUGGUGUGAAGUACAAGGGUGUAAAAUGAACAGAACAUCAGUCA